UGUAACUGAGAGAGCAUUGAACAGAAAUACGCUGUGCACCCUUAGAUAGAAGAGCUCUGGUACUAUGGUGCGGAUGUAUUGCGCUUUUUAGGAUUUAUUUUACUACUGGGAAGCAACCGGGACAUUUGAGCUGACUCGCUGACAAUACAUGUAUUUCAGUUUAUGAUGAUGGUGAUGAUUAUUAUUAUUAUUAUUAUUAUUAUUAUUAUUAUUAUUAUUAGUAGUAGUAGUAGUAGUAGUAGUAGUAGUAGUAGUAGUAGUAGUAGUAGUAGUAGUAGUAGCAGUAGUAGUAUUUAUUUCAAUGUAUUUGCUAGUAUAUCUUUAAUCGACUGCACUGCCUUUCCUUCCUCUCGCGCUCCAAUCCUUCUGUGCAAGACAAAUGCAAACUUCAAAUCGGUAUGGUGAGAGCCAGGACUGGAUUUUAAUAUAACGAUAAAGCUGAAGACCGCUCCACUGAAACGUGACAUCUCAAUACAACUCUGCAGGUAAGAGUUGUGAACUUUACAUCUGGAAUCAAAUAAAGACAAGGGAAAACACAAACAUAUUUGAAAAUGAUAUUGUUAGACUUUCUUCUGCAUCACUAACUUGAUUGUGGCAUUUGGUGACAAGGAUUGACAACGCAUUUUAUGGAAGAAGACUGUUUUCUUUCUAGCUAUGGAAUGGAAAAUAGACUUAAAGAAAACUGUUCUAGUUAUUUCCCGGAAUAUUUACAUCUGAAUUACAUCGUGCCGCCCAAGUCAAAGGCCGGGACGCGUUAAACGACGAAAAGGUAUUAUUUCUGUAGGAUCAGGAACACUGUACACGCACGCAUAUUCAAUAAUGGACUUUCUCAUUUUAGUUAUUCUAUUGUUGUUUUUUUUCUUCCAAUACAAGGGAAACUAAAAGCAUGCAUUUGUUAUUAUUUUAAUACACAACUCCGUGAUCAAAAGUGCAAUUUAUACGAAAAACAGCCACAGCCGGUGUUAUUUAUUGAACUAUCCACCGGAGAAAAAAGAGACAUCUGACUAAUCUGAGCAUUGUUACAGCUUAAUCACAGUUUAAAAGAGAGAGAGAGAGAGAGAGAGAGAGAGAGAGAGAGAGAGAGAGAGAGAGAGAGAGAGAGAAUGUAGGCGACUAUGAAAAGCACUACAGGUUUAAAUAAAUAAACAAAUAAAUAAUACGUUUCCUGGUUUUCAGUGAAAACGGAUUGAUUCCCAUUAGUGACCCAGAAACUAAUACACCAUGCCCAGCUUUUAAACAGACGGCUGCCUCUUCAGACGGGACAGGCUGCAUCACAGGAGCAGAUAAACAAGGUCAAACUGAUCAACCCAGACACGCCUCAGCGAUCAUGAACAAGAACAAAUCAGAUAAACGCAUUGCUAAUAUGAUCGAUAGUCUAUUUCCGUAACAUUAUAUAUAAGGCUAAUGACUGCCUAAGCCACUGUUUGCUGAUUAAGUAGGUUUGGCCAUAUGUAGAGAAGACUGGCUUACAUUCUGCACUGGAUCCUAUACAAAUCCAACUGGAUGACGGAAAAUACACCAAAUAAAAGCGGCUCCUUUAGCAAUGUAGACAUUGUCUUGCUGGGCUUUUUGCUUCUUGACCGGAGCUCAUUUAGGAUUGGAAUAGUUAUGGAAAGAAAAACUAGCUGCAAGUCAUGCUGUUUUGCUCACUGAAGAGGAUGUAUCAGCAUGCUGCUCAACAUGAUCCUUGAUCAUUAUUCCACAGUAAAUAGAUGUAUUGCAUCAGGGGAGUUAUGACUUCUGCUUUUGGAGGAGAAAUGAUGGGUUUUAACAUCACAGCAGUUAAUGAUAGUGAUAUUGCAAAGAAAGACUCGUCAGUUCGAGUUUUGACUGGCUGCUUUCUGUCACUCUUGAUACUGACGACUCUACUGGGAAACACAUUGGUCUGUGUUGCUGUUACUAAGUUUCGUCACUUAAGGUCUAAAGUAACUAACUUCUUUGUAAUAUCCCUGGCUGUUUCUGAUCUGUUAGUUGCAAUUUUGGUGAUGCCUUGGAAAGCUGUGACAGAAAUAGCUGGGUUCUGGCCCUUUGGUUCCUUCUGUAACGUCUGGGUGGCUUUUGAUAUAAUGUGUUCCACUGCCUCUAUUUUAAACCUUUGUAUUAUCAGCGUGGACAGAUAUUGGGCUAUCUCAAGCCCAUUCAGAUACGAGAGAAAGAUGACCCCAAAAGUGGCAUUUAUCAUGAUAAGUGUUGCAUGGACCUUGUCAGUGCUGAUCUCUUUCAUUCCAGUGCAACUGAACUGGCACAAGGCUCAAGCUACCAGCUUUACGGCAUUCAAUGUCAGCUAUGAAGGUUCGUUGAUGGAUAACUGCGACUCGAGCCUGAACCGAACCUAUGCCAUCUCUUCUUCUUUGAUUAGCUUUUACAUACCAGUUGCAAUCAUGCUAGUCACCUAUACUCGGAUUUACAGAAUUGCCCAGAAACAAAUCAGGCGGAUCUCUGCCUUGGAGAGGGCUGCAGAACACGCCAAGAAUCGACACAGCAGCACUAUGGACCCUGAAAGCUCAUUUAAAAUGUCGUUCAAAAGAGAAACCAAAGUUUUAAAAACACUGUCGGUUAUAAUGGGGGUCUUUGUGUGCUGCUGGUUGCCCUUUUUUAUACUGAACUGCAUGGUGCCCUUUUGUGAACACGCUUUGCCAAGUGGAGAUGCUGACUUUCCUUGCAUCAGUUCCACCACCUUUGAUGUAUUCGUCUGGUUUGGGUGGGCUAACUCUUCGCUGAACCCUAUCAUCUAUGCCUUUAAUGCAGAUUUUCGCAAGGCUUUCUCUGUUCUCUUGGGAUGCCACAGGCUGUGCCCCACAAGCAACGUCAUAGAGACUGUGAGCAUUAACAACAAUGGAGCAGCUGCAUCGUCUUUCCAUUAUCAACCAAAAGGAUUCAUCCCUAAAGAAGAAAAUGUGACCUACCUGAUCCCUCACUCCAUUCUUUGCCAGGAGGAUAAAACUGAAAGGAAAGAGGAGGACGAUUCUGGGAUUAAGACCCUGGACAAAUUGUCUCCAGCUCUUUCAGGUACCUUGGACAGUGACAUAGAUGUUUCUUUAGAAAAGAUCAACCCUAUAACUCAAAAUGGACAACAAAAACAUGAGCAAAAUCAACACAGUGCCGUGUGAGACCGCAACACAUUAACAUGGGACAUUAUCUUUAAAUGACUUGAACAUUAAAAUAGCCUGAAUGCAGCUGUUGCAGUAAAGCCUAACUGAAGUCCUUAAUUAAACCCUGUUUUAUAACAAAGACUCUGGAGUCCACAGAAUGUUCAAAGAACUACAGCACUUUAUCCUGACAGAAAAAAAACACAAUCUGCAAAAUACUUUUUACAUUUGUACAAUAAUAAUAAUAAUAAUAAUAAUAAUAAUAAUAAUAAUAAUAAUAAUAAUAAUAAUAAAAUAACCAAUAUAAAAAUAUGAACAACAAAGAAAAGUAAAAUGUAACUUGUGGUAAAAAAAAAGAAAAAAAAAAAAGAAAAACUUGCAUGUGUUGAGAUAUUUAAAAUGAAAUUACUUGUUCAUAACACAAGGGGGUGUCAAAAAAAAGUAGCAAAUUAGCAAACUUCAUGUUAGCUAGGUAAACAGUGCUUUAAAUAUAUACAGUAUAUUUUCAAUACUUUUCCUAUUUUAGGUUAAAUGGAUUGGGAUAUUUUGCAGUGAAUUGUGGUAUGUAUUACUCUUUAUUUUUAUAUUUAUUUCUAUUUUUAUUACAGAUGAUUUAACAGUUAUGACAGUUGCUUGUUUGCUACAGAUACUCUAUAGAUGUCAACAGGGGCUUAUGAUAAGUGUCAGUUAACCGUAACCUCUCUCGUUAAGCAUAAACUACUUUAUUGUUGACAUAUAAGCCCUCACCCCCCACAGAGCUAUUAAAAAAUAACACUUGAAGAAUAUUAAUAUACAAAGUGUAACGUAUAUAGGGCUCUAUUCAUAAAACUUUAACUCUUUUAAGUUACAUAUUCUGGACUGUUUUUUAAAGAUUCUUCAUAAAAAUAUGUAUUUGGUUAAACUGUGAUUUGAAAAAUGAGAAUGAACUUAUACACCCUCACUUUUUCACAAUCGGCAAUAUUCAUUUCAUGAAUCAAAUCUGCCUUUAAAACAACAGUCCCCAACAAAACAUUGCUUAAAAUAGCCCUUAAAGUUGUGAGAAAAGAGCCCAUAAAGUAAAAUGAGAUACCUGCUAGAACUGAAUAAUAAUUAUCCAAUCUGUUAAAAGGACUGAAAAACAGAAUUUGCCAAAAUAAAAUGCAACCCCAUUUAUCUGACGCUAAAAGGAGCAUGUCAAUCCCUAGAGUCAAGACUAGUAGAAAAUGUUGGGGGGACUGUGGUUGCUUUUAUGAGUGGCUUUUACCAGUUUUGAAUUAUUUCAUUCUUAUGGGGACGACCUUUUGUAAUGCUAACCAGAAAUACCUGUUGUUGUUUCUAACAGUUAAAAGGUGGAAAGGUUAAGCUGACUAAUCUUGACGGCCCAAGUUGGCACCCCUACCUCAAAAAUCAACCACAUGCUGUUUGCUGUUACUUAUAUUUACAAAGUACUGGUAGAUGUUAAAAUGUAGAUGUGAACACAAAUGCUUUGCAUCUGAGUCAAAAGCUCCAUCGAUGUUUGUAGCAGGUUGUGCAGUCUUGGAGUGUAGGCUUGUGAAGCAAUCAUGGCUUUAAUAAAAUGCCUAAAGUAUAUGUACUGGAAAAAGGUAAGCACUGGGAAAGCUUAUCCACAGUUACUAUGACUUACGUACCCAGUUUACAGUUUGUAACACAAUGUCUGUGCCCUUAUCAGAUAUACAGAAUAAAAAUGUAUGUUCAUUGUAUAUCACUGCAUUCAAUCUUAUUUGGAAGCCUUUUCACAAAACACAAAUUCGAAACAUGAAUUGCAUUGUUAACAAGGUGGGGGCUGUGGGCGCACACCGGCGACCCCGCGCACCACAAGCGAGCGUCUAAACUACAAUGCAAAGAGCCGGGCUCAUCUGCGUCCGGGGUUUCUGAGCUUUUAACCUCAUCUUAUCUCACCGACGAGGGACUGGACAGAAUCCGUAACGGCAUGGUUUUUGCUCCACAUGGUUUUUGCUCCAGAACAAAUUCUUGGCAUGUUGUGAGGGAAAAUUUAAAAAAUAAACAGACUAAUUGCAGCAUGCUAUUUUGGGUAAUUGCAAAAAGAGAACCUUGCAGGCUGGAAAUAUGCUUGGCAGAAUAACAUUACCACAAGUUAAAACACAUUCACAUCACUGCUUUAAAAACAGUUUCUGUUAGCGGCCUUUUCUGGCUCACUCUGUCCUUUGCGAUUAACAAUAUGGUGAAAUAUAUUCUGUUCUAAGUUAAAGAUUGAUGACAUUAAAACUACUGUACGCAUUAUUCUAGCUUUUCCUUAUUUUUUGAAAAUUGGGAUUAAUAUGUAGAAAAUAAAAGUCUUUAAU